AUGGUUUUUAUGAAGCCUGAAAGUGCUCUAAAACGAGCAGAUGAACUAAUCGAAGUGGGUAGAAAACAACGUGCUUUAGAAACACUUCUUGAAGUUGUUAAAUCACGUCGUCAUCGUACAUGGACAAAAACACAUGAACCAUUAAUGGAAAAAUUUUUAGAAUUAUGUGUUGAAUUGAAAAAAAAUCAAAUUGCAAAAGAUGGUCUUCAUCAAUAUAAAACAAUAGCACAAACCGUAUCAGUGAAAUCACUUGAAGAUGUUAUUAUGAAAUUUCUUAAGCAAGGCGAACAACGUUGUAUAAAUGCUCGUCAACAAGCAACAAAUGCUCUUAUCGAUAUUGAUGAUUUAGAAGUUCUUCAAACACCAGAAAGCCUUCUGUUAAGUGCUGUAAGUGGUGAAUCGCAACAAGAUCGUACAGAUCGUGAUAUGCUUGCACCAUGGUUAAAAUUCGUUUGGGAAUCAUAUAAACAAUGUUUAGAUUUAUUAAAAAAUAAUAAUCGUGUUGAGAAAAUUUAUCAAGAAGUUGCACAAAUGGGUUUUCGUUUUUGUCAACAAUAUAAUCGACGACCUGAAUUUCGAAAAUUAUGCGAUACUAUUCGAACACAUUUUACACAAUCACAAAAAUAUUCUCAACAAAUAUAUAGUGUUAAUUUUCAAUUACCUGACACACAAGCACUUCAUUUAGAAACACGUUUAGUACAACUUGAUACAGCUAUUGCUAUGGAAUUAUGGCAGGAAGCAUUUAAAGCAAUUGAAGAUAUUCAUUCAUUUACAACAAUUUCAAAGAAAACACCAAGACCACAACAAUUAGCUACAUAUUAUAAUAAAGUAGCAUUAGUCUUUUGGAAAGCAGGAAAUUAUGUUUUUCAUGCAACAACUGUUCUUAAAUUAUAUGUUUUACAUAAAGAGUUAAAAAAGAAUAUAACGCAUACUGAAUUAACACGUCUAUCAACAAAAGCUUUAUUAGCUAUACUUUCAAUAUCAUUGCCAACACCACGUACACAAAUUGAUGAACGUUUAGAAACUGAAGAAGCAUUAAAUGAAAAACAAAAACGUUUAACAAGUUUAUUAUCAUUACAAGAAGUUCCAACACGUACAAGUCUUAUACGUGAUAUGAUAAAACAAGGUGUUUUAAAUUUCGUUCAUCCUGAACUUAAAGAUAUGUAUGAAUGGUUAGAAGUUGAGUUUCAUCCAUUAUAUUUAUCAUCAAAAAUGGAAGAAGGUAUUAAAUUUGUUGAAAAACUUGCACAACCAGAAUAUUCUCAAUAUAUGCCUGCAUUACGUGAUGUUACUGUUGUACGUUUACUUCAACAAGUAUCACAAGUAUAUCAAACAAUUGAAUUAAAACGUUUUAUUAGUCUUGCACCACCUAUGGAUAGACAUCGUUUAGAAAAAAUAAUUGUUAAUGCUGCAAGAAAUAAUGAUGUUCAAGUACAUAUUGAACAUAAAUUACAAGCAUUAACAUUUGGUACAGAUUUGAAUGUUUCAAUUGGACGAUCAGUUGGAAUUGAUGCUGGUUCAAAAUCAAAUAUUAUUCAAAAAAUGCCUAAUGAACAAAUUCGUAAUCAACUUACCUCAAUGUCAAGUGCAUUAUAUUCAUGUAUGGAAAUAAUCAAUGAAAAAUCAAAUAAAGAACGUAAUGAUAAAUUAAGACGUGAUAUAGCAAAAACAUAUUAUCAUGAUGAACCAAUACAACGUAAAGAAAUAUUAAAACGACGUGAACUUAUUGAACGUUAUAAAGAAGAUAAAGAAAAAGAACAGAAAGAUAAAGUGAGACAAGCUGAAAUUGUUUCAAAAACAAAACAAGCUGAACGUGAUGAAGAAGAUAAAACUCGACGUGAAGCUGAUCUUAAACGUCGUCUUCUUGAGGCAGCAGUCGAAAAAGAAAAAGAAGAACAUCGUUUUGCUAUGAAAGUGGCUAUCGAUAAAUUACGUGAAUCAGAAAUAGGUCGAAAAAUAAUUGAAGUUAUUGGUGAAGAAGAAUUAUACAAAUAUGAUCCUAAUUCAAUUAAUUCAUUACAUAUUGAUGCUGUUAUUAAACAUAGUCGAGAACAAAAAGAAAAAUUAAAAGUUCAAUUUAAAAAAGUUGAUUAUCUUAUUCGAGCCCAACAUGAAUCUGAAAUACCAAUAUUACAAAAACAAGCUGAAGAAGAAACGUGUCUUAGACGUGAAAUUCAACUUGCUGAACGUCAACGUGCUAUUGAAAGACGUGAACGUCUUACACGAAUGGAAAAUGAUAAAGAUGAUUUUCUUCAAUCAAUUCGUGGACAACGACAUGAAGAUUAUGUUCAAGAAAUGAAAGAAUUUGAGAAACGUUUACAAAUUGCACGUCAACAACGUUUAGAACAAUUACGUCAAGAAUACAUAGAAAAGAAAAAGCAAGAGUUUAGAAAAGAAAAACAAUUAAAAAAACAACGAAAACAACAAGAAAAACAGCGACAAAUUGAAGCUGAAAUAAAACGUAAAGAAGAUGAACGUUUAGCAUUAGUACGUAUGGCUAAUGACGAAAAAAAUAAAAAAUUAGCUGAACAAGCUAGAAAACAACGUGAACUUGAAGAAGAAAUUGACCGAAGAUUACAAGCCGAAAAAGAGGCUGCACACACACCUACAGCUCCUAGUGGUGGUAGUCGACGAGUUGGUCCUACCAGUACUAGUCAUCAGCAAGAUAAAGAUAGAACUGAAAAUCGACCAUGGCGUCGUAAUAUACGUGAAACUGAUGAAAAUCAAUCAUCACAAGCUGCUUCUAAUGAUAUCUGGCGUACACGCAAUGAUGAACAACGUCCACGAGUUGGUGGUGGUGGUGGUAGUGAUCGACGUCUUGAUGAUUCAUCAAAUAAUAGAGUUUCAUCUAAUGAAUCAUGGCGACAUAGAAUAAGACCUGAACAACAAAAUCGUGAUGAUCGAAGAGACGAUAGACGUGAUGACCGUAGGGACGACAGACGCGAUGAUCGUAGAGACGAUAGACGUGAUGAUCGUAGGGACGAUAGACGAGAUGAUCGAAGAGGAUAUUCUUCACAACAAACACAACCGUCAGUUUCAUCAACAUCAGAACGAUGGACCGACAAAAAUGUGGAAACAGCAGACACAUGGCACACGGUUGAAAAGAAACGUUCUAAUCAACCACGAACUGGAAAUGAUCGUCCAUCACAACAACGUUCAGAAGAAUCAUCUUCAAGUGGAGCUUGGCGGCCUAUGACACGUGUGACAACAGAACAACGAGAUGAACCACGAGAUAGUGGUCGUAGCGGACCACAUUCAUCCAGUAAUUGGGGUCGAUCAGAAGAAAACGAUAAUUGGCGUACACGAGAAAGAACACGUUUGGACAGUUGGCGUGCUAAUGACGGUGACGAUAAUGAAAAUAAUCGUCCUCGUGCUAGUGGUGGUCCGUCAUAUGAUGAUCGACGUAAUGAUAAUCGUCGUACAGGUGGUGCUUCCGGGGAUGAUCGCCGUGGACAAAAUCGCGAUUUUGGUGGUGGUAAUCGAGAAUAA